GCGAAAAAGGAACACAGGGAGGCUUGGAGAAGCGAGGGCCAGAGAAACCCUAUCCCUCUCCCUCCAAAUACAAAAUAGAAAUCCCUUACCCUAACCCUAGCCAUGAAAUCCUCCCACCGAUUGGCUCUUCUCCAUCCCCCAUGGCUGUCCCAGCUAGCGCUUCCACCAUCUGCUCUCUUCCUCGAUCCCUUCCCAAUUCCCGAUACCGACGGCAGACGCUUCGAUUUAGGUGCAUGUCGAGCCCUAGCGGCGAGGAGGAGUAUUUGGUGGACGCGCCAGUCUCGAUUGGAGAUGGGUUUUCUUUCAGUGGAGGAAAAUAUUCAGAUGGACCUAGUCGAUCCGAUGAAUGGUUUGCUCAGGGGAAAAUGUGUUUUAGAUCAAAGCUCAUCCUGUAUAUGGAGGCAAAGGGAAAGCAAAGGAUCCAAUAUUUGGUCUUACAAUGGGUGCUGGUUCGCAAUCCCCAGCCGAUGUUUUCAGGUGAAUUCAGCGAUCUGUGUGAUUAGGAAGCUAUCAGCUUAUUUGGAGUACUCAGGAAACCUGCAAGCCUGGAAUCCUGAUGGUUCUGCAUCGAGAAGGGAAGCUCUGCAAAUCCUUUGGUCAUUUUAAUUCAUGGUUUUCCAUCACAAGUAAGGUUCUUGGUAUUUAUAAUGGUUUUACAGAACAUCCAAUACAUUUUUAGUAAUGUUUCUGGAUUCUUGCAAAUGAAUGCCAUUUUAGUUGUAUCGCUAUUUAUAUUCAUGGUAAUCUUGGACCUAGUUGAAAUUUUGGGUUUUUUUUGGAAUAAAUGAGGAAGAAACAAUGUAUGGCACAAUAUCCUAUGACUAUGUGUUAGAUUCACAAUUAAGAUUGAGGAGAUUAUCAUCAAUUCAA